AGCAUGCGCACUCCAGACUUCCAGCGGGCGGCUGCUUUCUGGUAACGUUUGCGACAGCGUUGCUAACGUUGUUUUGUCAUAAAGAUCGAAGGUUUCUUAAAUGAACUGAAGACUGAAGGACAAAGUGGUAAAAUGAAGCAGUGAGGGUCCAAAGGUGUGCCUACAUCGCGUGUAGAAGGCGGCACAAUGGCCAAUCCGUUGAGAGGUGAAGUAGUCAAAUUGUACAAGAAUCUGCUGUUUCUGGGACGGGAAUAUCCCAAAGGUGCCGAUUACUUCAGAGAUCGCCUGAAAACUGCAUUCAUGAAGAACAGAGAUGAGACUGACCCUGAAAAGAUCAAGCAGAUGAUUGCUCGUGGGGAGUUUGUGAUAAAGGAGCUGGAGGCACUGUAUUACCUGAGGAAAUAUAGAGCUCUUAAGAAACGGUACUAUGAGCACGACGAAUGAUAGUCCCUGCUGUACCACUGUUCUAUGUCCAUGGCCUUUCCAAAAACAAUUUGUGUGCCACUGUUGUGGAGACAUCCGUCGGUGAUCCCACUUUACCGUGCUGAGCUGUACCAUGUCCACCAAUGCCCUGUUAGGUUUUUCACAAGCCAGAUUACUUCAGAAUCUGAGAGGCUUGGCUGCAAACAAGAGAAACCUAUCAUUGAAAGUUCUAAUUAAUCCCAUUUGCACUAAGGGAAUGUUCUUAAGUCGUGUCUUUUUUUGUGAAAGAGGUCAUGUCAAGCAACCAUGUGCAGAAUGUUACUGCCCAUAUACCACUGUUUUUUGCCAGCUGAAGCAAACUAGUUUGCAAGCUUUCAAAUAGGUGUAUAUACAUUUUCCCGUAAUCCAGGACAGUUUAAUUUCAUGAGCAUUACGCUCACAAGAGAUGAUGCAUCAGAAUCAAGUUUUUUUUAUUUAUUACUUUUAAACAGGGAAACAAAACCAAACCCCCAACCUCUGAAAUGUAUAAUAUUGAAAGGAUUCCACUGAUGUUUCUUUCAGAACAGAAUUUAAAAAAAAAUCCAUAUUAGCGUGCAAGCAAGUCAAUCGGGGGAAGUGCAUUCAUAAACAAACUAUGCCAUUGCUAUGCUUUUUUUUUUUUUUCUCUCUCCCCCCCCCCCCCCCCCCCCCGACAUAUAUGUUUGAUGUUUCACUAUUGUAAAGUCAGUGAGAAAUAUUUUGGCUAAAGGAGCCACAAGUUUCAUUAAAAAACUUUUUUCUUGAUUUAAUUUAAUACUGCUUUUUACAAUCUGUGACACAUGGUGAAUAUUUUCCAAAGGGAAUUAAAAAUAAUUUUUAAAACA